AAUUGAAGUCAACGGAUCCUACGAAAGUUACGGUGGUCUGCGAACCACUUGAAAAAUCUGUCUUUUUAAGGUUCCUAAAAAUAUAUACCCCACAGACAGGCCAAGGAACAGGUUGGGCACGUGGUCGAGGCUCGUGGAGAACACAAGUUAAUGCUGUCCUGGUUCCUCUUCGUUGCCCAUUUACGAUUUUUCUCAACAAAAAAAAUCCUCCUUAUUCUCGUAGUAAGGGGAAAAACCAGCAUGGAUCAUCAAUGGAAGUCCAACGAUUUCUCAAAGUCUGUUGCAGCAGAUUUGGGCCCUUCAAACCCUGAACCCAGCAGACAAAGGCAGGAGGUGGAAGUUAAGGAUCCAAUGGCUGCAAGGAAAGUUCAGAAGGCAGACCGUGAAAAAUUGAGGAGGGACAGGCUGAAUGAGCAGUUUCUUGAGUUGGGAAACACGCUAGAUCCAGAUAGGCCUAAGAAUGAUAAGGCAACCAUACUUAUGGACACAAUCCAAAUGCUUAAGGAUUUAACUGCAGAAGUGAACAGGCUAAAGGCUGAGUGUUCAUCACUAACUGAAGAAUCACGUGAGCUGACUCAAGAGAAGAAUGAGCUCCGAGAAGAAAAGGCAUCUCUAAAAGUUGAUAUUGAUAACCUUAAUGUUCAGUAUCAGCAAAGACUUAGGGUCAUGUUUCCAUGGAAUGGUAUUGAUCCUUCAGUUGUCAUGACUCCACCUUAUUCAUAUCCAGUUCAUCUGCCUGUGCCUGCAGGCCCAAUUCCAAUACACCCCUCACUGCAACCAUAUCCAUUUUUUGGAAAUCAUAAUCCAGGUGCCAUUGCCAAUCCCUGCUCAACCUUCAUGCCAUAUUCAACCACCACCAAUCCUCCAAUCGAUCAGCCAUCAUCACAACAUGCAUCCUCUUCCCACACUUCUAUCAAAAGAGAUUCUAGAAGCAAAUCGAUGGAUGACCAAAGAGGAAGUAAUGGGGAUAGAUGUGAUGGUUCUAAUGAUGUGGCGACAGAACUUGAACUUAAAAUGCCUGGAUCAUCAACAAACCAGGAAUUGUCUGCUGGAGAAAAAAAAGCGAAGCAAACACAGAAGGAGAGAAGUAUGGUCAAUGGUAGCUCUUCAAGCCGGUACUCUUCAUCUCAAGGUCUUCAGGAUAGCUCCUCUAACUGUGUGGAUGAUGUUCCAAAGUCCACAAGUGAAUAACUUUUGUCUUGUUACUUUGACUAUUCAGAGUGCUAGCAUCUCAAUCUAACAUGUCUGGACUGUGACACCCGGCAGUAGUAUCUUGAUUUCAGCUUUAACACGUUGAGUUCCGAGAACUAGUCUUCAAUAUGGAAGCAAGGGUUGUGUCAAAAGAAGUAUGGAAACAAUGGCGUAUUUUCUGCAUGCUGGCAGAUUCUUUUGGCAUUUGGAGGGCCUGGAAGAUGCACAUCUCUAUCACACUUCCAUAUAUUUGACUUAAAAACAAAAACUCUAAUCUUCCCCAUCUAGGUUAUACCAUCAGUAAAGCUUGGCCAGUCCUGGAUGAUUCCAGCCUCUAGGUGUAUGUGCAUUGUAAAUUCUUUCUGUUGUUAAAUACCAUUCGACAGUCAUUAUGAUUCUGUCAUGUUCAUUUAAAAAAUCGAUGCAAUGAUCUGGAUAUGCUAUAAUGUCAUCGAGAAGGACUGCUGUCUUUAAUUUUUUUUCUAA